CCUGACCCCAAUUGCCCAGGAAUUGACGUGGCAUGUGCAACGAACUCUCUUUCCACGUCCGCCAUUUUGUGUUGUCUCAGUGCUGUCAAACCACGCGACCAGGCGACAUUGUAUUGUUCAUACCUACUGUAUGAUCGUCUUUAAAGGCACAGGCAUUAAGCGGGAGCUGAUACACUUUUCAAGAACAGAUAGUAACCGACACCAGCAUCACCUGUGAUCACAGAAUAAGUAGUAGUCAUGGGUGCGUUUGCAUCUCUGUUCAAAGGACUAUUUGGUAAAAAGGAGAUGAGGAUAUUAAUGGUUGGGUUGGAUGCUGCUGGUAAAACAACAAUUCUGUACAAAUUAAAGCUCGGAGAAAUUGUUACAACCAUCCCAACUAUAGGUUUCAAUGUCGAGACUGUAGAAUACAAAAACAUUAGUUUUACUGUGUGGGAUGUUGGUGGCCAGGACAAAAUCAGACCUCUGUGGAGACAUUACUUCCAAAACACACAAGGAUUGAUAUUUGUGGUGGAUAGCAAUGACAGAGAGCGUGCAGGAGAGGCCAGAGAAGAGCUGGCGAGGAUGUUAGGUGAAGAUGAGCUUAGGGAUGCAGUGUUAUUGGUGUUCGCAAACAAACAGGAUCUGCCGAAUGCCAUGAAUGCAGCAGAGCUCACUGAUAAACUUGGACUUCACAACCUGAGAAACAGGACCUGGUACAUUCAAGCAACAUGCGCCACAAGCGGUGACGGUCUAUACGAGGGACUUGAUUGGUUAUCCGGUCAACUUAAGAAUCAGAAAGUAGUAGUCAUGGGUGCAUUUGCAUCUCUGUUCAAAGGACUUUUUGGCAAACAGGAGAUGAGGAUAUUAAUGGUUGGGUUGGAUGCUGCUGGUAAAACAACAAUUCUGUACAAAUUAAAGCUCGGAGAAAUUGUUACAACCAUCCCAACUAUAGGUUUCAAUGUCGAGACUGUAGAAUACAAAAACAUUAGUUUUACUGUGUGGGAUGUUGGUGGUCAGGACAAGAUCAGACCUCUGUGGAGACAUUACUUCCAAAACACACAAGGAUUGAUAUUUGUGGUGGAUAGCAAUGACAGAGAGCGUGUAGGAGAGGCCAGAGAAGAGCUGAUGAGGAUGUUAAAUGAAGAUGAGCUAAGGGAGGCAGUGUUAUUGGUGUUUGCAAACAAACAGGAUCUGCCGAAUGCCAUGAAUGCAGCAGAGAUCACUGAUAAACUUGGACUCCACAGCCUGAGAAACAGAAACUGGUACAUUCAAGCAACAUGCGCCACAAGCGGUGACGGUCUAUACGAGGGACUUGAUUGGUUAUCCAAUCAACUUAAGAAGCAGAAAUGAUAAGUUGGCAGGGAUGUGUAAUACUAUUGGAGAAGUGUUUGUCUUGGAAGACUUUUUGCAGGGGUAGACAAUUCUCACUAUUUCUUAAGUCAUGUAUUGUGUCGAGAGAAGGACAUAACACCAGAUGUAAUGUUGAACUGUUAAAUGUCAAAUCAAAUGUAGUUCUUCCUUUUCGCAUAUUUUAAUUAUUUUUUGGUGAACAAAAGUAAAAUAAAUUGAUCGUUUUAAGAAAUCAUCCAAUUGUAAAAUGCUUUCAUUUGGUUCUAUUGUCUGAUUAUCAAAGGUUUAUAAAUGAGCUGUAUUUUUUCAAGUCACCUGUUAAAAAUGUCAUGUAUACAUUCAAAUGAGAGAUAUUGAACGAAUUAGAUGUUAUGAUAUAUUUUUGCGUUGGCAUGUAGUACAGAGAUAGUUUAGUCAUGAAAUCUUGUUUCCAAAAAUAUGUGUUAUCUCCAAAAUUUCUUAAAACCACGCCAAUAUCAGAUUUAAAAAAAUCGUUCCCUGUUGCAACAGGUUUCAGGAUAUAUAUUGUAUCCUACCUGUCUGGUGCCAUAAAAAAAAAAUAGCACCAGUGACUGUUUAACAGUCAUUAAUUAGCAUACAAUGUAUUAACCACAAUAAUCAAUUGAAAGUUUUGUCUGCUACAGCAGUACAGCAGUCACAGGUUUGUUGGUGGGUUUCAAAUCAAGUUUGAACCGAGCUGCAGACAAUUGGGGCCUAUAGGCAGACCAGUUCUUCAGUUUUGUGCGCUAUCAGGCCACCGCUCCAUCAAUAUUCCUUAACUUGAGUAAAUCUCUUAACUUAAAUUUUUCCAUAGAAAAAGGAACUUUAAUUAAAUUUUGUAAUGCUUUCCAGUGACAAUAUUUCUUAAAUUAUGGAAUAUUGAUGAAACUAGGCCUAUGUUAUGAAAAGUGAACUAUGAAAUUUUUGUUUCAAGACACGGUACAUGUGAUCUAUACAUUUUUUUUCAUGUUUAUACUGUUCUUAAUGGUUCUGAUUGAAGAACACUUAAAUAAGAUCGCUGUCCAUGUUUACAAUACCUAAAUAUCAUAAUGAUGUUGUUUCUUUAUGUAAACAAAAAGGAUGAUUUCCUUUUUUUGGUUUGGUCUGACCAAAUUUCGAGUUAUUACUAAGAUCUCCAAUUCCAUAACCGUUCAGAUUUUAUUAUAUUCUAGUUGUGAUAUCAUAAACAAAAGGAAAAAAUGCAACUUUGGUAAAAUUUGAUACUAACACUACUAUUCCGCUUUCUAAACUCCAAGCUCAUCUUCGGAAAGAUGAGGCUCAUUCCAUGAUUAAAGGAGGACCAAUUUGAUCAGUCUAACCAUAUAAAGGAGAGCACUCCAACUAUGCGAAAUUGACUGCUAUGGUAUAUAUAUAUACGGUAUAUAAUGUGAUAUACAUAGCUAGCUAGUAUGAAUACUUUGAAAAUUGGUCAUAUAGGAUAUAUUUUAUUCUAUUUGCACAUUGUUGAAAUUUGAUUUUCAUAUACGGAACAUUUUAUUCCGAUUUUAUUUGAUCAUCUUGGAAAUUGUCAUCUGAUAAUGAAUAGUCUUUGUAUGUGCUUCUAGAUUACAUUGAGCAGAAUGUUUAUUUAUCAUGUGUAUAUUGAUUCCUACCAAACAAAUUAAAUAAGAAAGUGGAUGGGGAAUUAAUUUCUAUUGUUGGUGUAUAAAGUCUUUCAGAAUAUUGUGAGAAUUAUUGUCACUUGUGUUAAGUAUAUUCACUGGUAUCUUUCUCCAUGCCAUCCAUCAAAAUUCUGCACAUAACCGAACUGCUAUAAUGUAUUACAUUAUGAACAAGCCGUUUUGAUCUGUGUGAAAACAUGCAUUGUCUUAGAGGGCCAACUCAGUUAUGUGAAAGUGAAGUUGUAAAGAAAUAAUAAAUACGACAAAAUGUA